CAUUAUAAAAGCCUCUACACCCUUCUCUUGGAUUCUAUAACUUCCUUCACAUUUCACACAACUAUUCUCUUCAUAGACACAUACUUCUGCAAUCAGUGUAUACGCAAUUCAGGAGUAAUAAUUAAGAAAAGCAUCAAUCCAGUUAUGGCUGGAGCUGAAGCAAUCGAGAGUGAUCAAAACGUGUUACAGAAACACGUUGCAUUCUUUGAUCGUAACAAUGAUGGUGUGAUUUACCCAUGGGAAACUUUUCAAGGGUUUCGAGCAAUUGGGAGUGGUAUUCUGUUAUCGUCAGUUGCUGCCCUCUUCAUCAAUAUGGGUCUUAGUGGCAAAACUCGUCCAGGAAAGAAGUUUCCUAAUCUACUUUUCCCGAUUGAAAUAAAAAACAUACAUUUGGCCAAACAUGGAAGUGAUUCAGGAGUCUACGACACUCAUGGAAGGUUUGUUCCUUCCAAGUUUGAGGAGAUAUUUCACAAGUAUGCACACACGAAUUCAGAUGCCUUGACUUCAGAUGAACUGGACAAAUUUAUCAAAGGAAACCGGGAACCUAAGGACUAUGCAGGAUGGAUCGGAGGCCUAUCAGAAUGGAAGAUCUUGUAUUUCCUGGGCAAGGACAAAGAUGGAUUAUUAAGAAAGGAAACGAUUAAAGCUGUUUAUGAUGGAAGCUUGUUUGAAAAGAUGGCGAUGGAAAAGAUUAACUCGUCCAACAAGAAACACGUUGAUAAAUAAAGACAAGCAACGGGUGAAAGUGUUGUGUGAUUGGAUUUUACACUUGCUGAUUUUAUGAUUGAUGUCUAUAAAGAAUUGUUGGGUUGAGAAGUGGAUAACAACUGACAACAAAGUGUCUAUGUAUUAUUCUUGUAAACAUAUAUUUUUAAUUGUAUUUAUACUGUAUAAAACACUAUAAAAUUAUUAGAUUAAUGUGCA